UUUCCAUCAGCAACUUUAGCAGCAGGAAUGUUCUGGGUAUGGUGGAAUAGGUUCUCUACAAAGUUUGAUGUCUGGGAGAAUUUUGUUUUCGAGAUUUAACCUACCUUGCUCUUUUCGAGGAAAUUCUCCUUGGUCGACACAAGGGAGUCCUGCAUAUUGCUAUUAUGGCAACAUUGCUAACAAUGAACCUGAUUUAAGUAGAAAUUUUCUUGCACAGCUUUGGGUUGCAGAAAGAAAAAUGAUAAAGGAUCUUGAAAAAAGAAGAAAAUGUAAGCACCUAAAUUAUGUUGGAGAACAGAAAUCAUUUGAACAUCCAUUUGAAAAAUGCUUUCCCGGCGGUAGAGUUAAAGUAGAAGAAUCUAGUGAUCGAGCUGUACCGGUUUUCAAGCAACAACCAGUUUGUCAAAAUAUCUCAGGUUUUCUUCGGCCAACAUCACAAGAAGAGGCUCAAAUUGCACCUCUUCUUGCUAGGUCCAAUCUUCUAAUUACCAGGGAUAUCGAGGGGGCAAAUAUUGUACUUGGUUUUGAGCAGGAGAACCGAUAUGCAAUAGUGGAUGUCUGCUACCCUCAGUCGGUUACUGGGCCACCAGUCUUGGGCUGCUUCAACUCUGCUUGGGUCUAA